UCCAGUUACCUCAGAAGCUGUUUAGUUUUGAUUUUUAAUAUUUUCACUUUGUUAUUGUAGAUUUUUUUAUACGUUUAUUUAAUCUGCAAAGAAAUUUUCAGUCAUGUCGUACAUAAAGAAAAUGUUUAAAGAGAAGGAUGCUUUGUUGGACAAAAAAGCCAACAUUGCUGCCGCGUUGAGGCACAGAUCAGAUCGAAAAGUGAGAGAUAUGAAUGUCAUGAGAAGGUUGUACCAAGAGAAGAAAGAAGUGAGAAUGGAAGAAGCUCUCGCAAGGGCCCAAGAAUCAGCAGGAUGGAGAGUCGAGGAAUUAAAACAAGAAGAAAAACUUGCAUACCACAUGGACAAAGCGAAAAAAGAAGAAAUGAGGCAAUUGAAAGAAAGACAGAUACUUUGGCAAUCAAGAGAAAUUUGUGAGCUGCAUAAAACCUUAAAAUUAGCUUAUUAUCAGAAAGAAUUAGCUUCUACUGGCAAAGAAGCAGCAAUGAAAGGAGAGAUGGAAAAAGCAGAAAGGAUGAUGGAAAAGGAACACAUGAAGGCACAAGAACAGAUUAGAGAAUCAUGUGAGAAGGCAAUGCAAAAAGCUCAUCAAAGAAAGAAACAGCAGUACAAGGAAGGACUGCAAGAUCAGAUAAUUGACAAUCACAAGCUGAAAAUAUUACAAUAUCAAAAGCAGCUCAAAGAAACUGCACUGAUAAAUGAUGCGGUUAGAAUAGAAAUGGAAGAAGAUGAAAAACGAGAAGAAGAAUUACAGAAACAUAAGCAGCACAUAAAAGAAGAGAUUAAAUCAUUCCAGAUGGCUAAACAGUUUUGGUCACAGAGAGAGAAAGAAUACGAAGAAGAAGAAGACAGGAGGCUUGUUAAUUAUCUGGAAAUGCGAAAACAGAGGGAGCUAAAAUUGCAACAUGAAAACUUGCAGAAAGAAGACGAAAGGCAGAGAAAAGAAGAAGCCGUAAUCAAUAAAAUUAAGCAGCUGGAGGGUUUCCGACAUGAACGAGAAAGGAUUGCGCAACUGUUAUUGGAUGAAGAAACACGAGUCAAAACUGAGAAUGCAGAAAAGGCGAAAUUAGAAAAUAUGCAGAGGUUUAAGCAAGAAUCUAGAAAUGUCUUUCUUGCCCAGCUACAAUUCAAAUUGGCGCAGAAAGAAGAGGAGAAACGAAUGGACCGAAUCUAUUCUCUUCAGCUCAAAGAGAAGAUAGAACAAGACCGUUUAAAAGAACUGCAAGAGAAGGAAGAGGCCAGACUCAAAAAGUUGAAAUACGGGGAAGAACUGAGGCAAGGUUUGGAGGAUCUGCAUAGGCAAAAGUUCAUGGACAUGCUGUUGAGCAUCAAAGAAGAAGAAGGCCUCCAAGCAGAAAAAGAAAAAUACAUAAGACAGGUCAAUGAGGAGAGAAGGAGAAUGAUAAAUGAGCACAUUCCCCAUCUCAUCGGAUUUUUACCUGCAGGCAUCAUUAAGGAUGAGGAUGUGCCCUACUUAAAUCCUGAACUGAGAGAAUUGCUAAAAGUUCAAAGUCCUCUAACAGAUUUCUAGUAUUUGGGUAAAAGAAAAAAAUCUUUUGCAGGACUUUACGAUUUUUGGUACUGUUAAUUUUUUUCACUUAUUUAUUAUGAAGUUAAAGCAAUCUAUGAUAUAUUGCUUUUACCUUAAUUAA